AUGUUCGCCUCUACCACAGUCCUCGCCGCCCUAGCAAACAUCUUCAUCUCCCAGUCACUCGCCGCCGCCGUCCCCAACGCCCCCGUCACAGUCGUAGCUCGUGGUGGUGGAUUCCCCGCGUCCAACCCCCCGGGGGUCACCUGCUACAACACCUGGGAGACGGUCACCAACGAUCCCGUCGUCCAGUACUGGUACGUGACUGUCCAGGAUGCCGGCAAUUCCAUCAAGGCCGACCGCGUCUGGAACCACCUGAACCUGAACGGCUGCGCCCCGACCGAGAACAAGUACCACGUGGAGUCCGCCAUCAACGGCUGCGCCCUCACCUUCCACACCAGCGAGGCCUGCACCGCCGCGCGUGUCAGCGACGCCCUCCGGUCCGGCUCCGACCCGGCCAUCAACAUUGCGUGUUCGUUUACCGGAAAAGACGGCCCCGGCGCCGGUGAGGCUGUAGCUUCGGCCAUCGACGGAACGCUCGAGGGUAUCCUGGAAGGACUUGGAGGCCUCUAA